GGCUUUUAAGAUUCCACAAACGAAGAAAGGAUUUGACUUCAAAGGCUGCUUCAAACUCUUUUAUUUGGUUGUUUCUUUUUAAGUAUUCAUUUCGCGCUUCUUAUUUAUUUUUGUGUACUUAGUGCGCUGAGCGUAAAGUGAAGUAUAUCGUGAUCUUUUGUAAAUCUAGUUAAAACUAGUUUCGUUCUUUUUUCUUAUACUUUGAGGAUUUAAGAAAGACAAUCAACAUGCACCCCGAGGGAAACACCGGAUACAGCUAUGAGGAGUGCCGUGCCACCGCCGACUGGCUGCUGGCCCAGAUGGACGUGCGCCCCCUGGUGGGCAUCGUGUGCGGCUCGGGCCUGGGAGGCCUGGCCGAGAUGCUGAAGGACCAGGUGGCCUUCAACUACAAGGACAUCCCCAACUUCCCACAGAGCACAGUACAUGGUCACGCUGGAAGGCUGGUGUUCGGAACACUCAAGGGCAAGCCAUGUGUCUGCAUGCAGGGACGAUUCCACCUCUAUGAAGGGUACCCCAUCCAGAAGAUCACAUUGCCCAUGCGCAUCUUCAAGCUGCUUGGCGUGGAGACAGUGAUCUUGACCAACGCGGCGGGUGGCCUCAACCAGGACUACCGCGUCGGAGACAUCAUGAUCCUCAAGGACCACCUCAACAUGCCGGGCUUUGCCGGAAACAACCCCCUGUCCGGACCCAACGACGAGAGGUUUGGCGUGCGAUUCCCCUGCAUGUCUGACGCGUACGACCGCGAUCUGCAGCAGCUGGCAUUCGACGUGGGUGCCGAGCUUGGCUACAGCGACUUCCUGCGUAAGGGCGUGUACUGCGUGCUGGGUGGGCCUUCCUUCGAGACGAUAGCCGAGUGCCGCAUGCUCCACAAGCUUGGUGCUGAUGCUGUUGGCAUGAGCACGGUGCACGAGGUCCUCGUGGCGCGUCACUGCGGCAUGCGCUGCUUCGCCCUGUCGCUCAUCACCAACCAGGCAGUGAUGGACUACGAGAGCGAGGAGAAGGCCAACCACGAGGAGGUGCUGGAGACCGGCAAGCUGCGCGCCGAGCAGCUGGAGCGUCUCGUCUCCAACAUGGUCAUGCGCAUCGAGCACAACAGCGACGAGAACAUCAACAUGUACUAAAAAGCCGAGAGUUUGAAGGUCAAAGUGACGUCAAGAACAUUGACUUGUACUAAGUGUUUUAAUACUUAGUAAAAAGAAGAAUGUUUUUUUUUAUGCAACAACGACAAGAACAUCGACUUGUACAGUACUACUAUUAGCCGACCUGCAACGCAACAAUGACGAAGACACCGACUUUUGACAAAACAAUGACGAGAACAUCAAUGUGUACUAAUUGAAGUGUUUAAUAUUAAUAUGGAUGUGAAGAACACUGAUUUGUGCUAAAUCUACUUUUUACGACAAGAACGUCGACUUGUACAGUAUUAGCCGACCUGAAACGCAACAAUGACGAAGACACCGACUUUUGACACAACGACAAGAACAAGUUGUAUUACUCAAAACUUUUUAAUGCAACAAUGACGAGGACAUCGACUUGUACAGUACUACUAUUAACUGAUCUGUAACAAAACAAUGACGGACAAUGAUGACAACAACAAUGACUAAGAACAUCGACUGGCUAUCUGACUUGUAACGCAACAAUGACGAAGACAUCACCUUGUACUAUAGUUGACUUGAGACUCAUCAAUGACAAAACCUUCACUUUUGUCUACAUUUAAUGCAAGAAUUACUUUAAAAAUCUUGUACUACUAUGACUUGUGACGCAACAAAGACGAAAACAUAAUAUUCUACUAGCUGACUAGUAACGCAAUAAUGACGAAAAAAUAAUUGACUGUGCAGUUGUUGGAUUUGUAAUGCAUGCACACAUAGCCUGUGUUGCCAUUUACCCUUUUAGACUCAUGUUGUACUGACAACUACUAUGCCCCCCCCACCCCCACCUACCUCUGUCGAAGGGUAUGGUGAGCCAGGGUAGAGAGAAAAGGGCAAAAGUCAGAAGUCUGGCACCUGUUUGCUUGGCUCUCCCCCUCCCCCUCAAAGAUGAGGUUAAA